CCCCGCCCCGCGAGGACUGAAGUCGCUUCUUCGCACCGUCCUGCUCUGGUCUACUUGUAACGCAGCGCCCAGCCAGCCUGCCAGGCCGAGCUCCGCCGCGCUAGUGCCGCCUGCUCCCCGGGGCAUAGUUCCCCGCCUGCUGACCCCAAUCAUUUCGGCCUUUUCCGCGCCCCGCCCUGGGGACCUGCAUCACCGCCUGGUCUGCUCCACCUCGCAGGACGUCAGCACUGCGCGACGUUGCCCCUGCGAAUGACUUUGAGGGCGGGAGUGCCGGAACACUUGAGCGCUGAACUGGUCCGUCACCGUCAGCGUGUCCCUGUCCCUGGCCUUAGUUUUCCAGCUGGCCAGUGAAGGUUCGGACUGUUGACACUCGGGGCCCCUCCACAGAGACAGUGGUUGCUGCAGGUUGGAACCUUGUGCGGACAGCAGGUCAUACUCUCCAGGGCCAGUGACUGACCACUUCCACCUGAGGCUGUGAGGAAGAAUGGCAGCUGUGGGCCACCUGCUUGGCCUACUGCGUCCAACCACUGUGAAAGCAGCCACCGUCAUGCCCUGCUGCCUGCACACAUCUUCCUGGCAGGCUGACAGCACCAGAGCCUCACUCACGCGUGUGCGUCGCCAGGCCUAUGCACGCCUUUACCCGGUGCUGCUGGUCAAGCAGGAUGGCUCCACCAUCCAUGUCCGCUACAGGGAGCCACGAUGCAUACUGGCAAUGCCCAUAGAUUUGGACACCCUAUCUCCUGAAGAGCGCAGGGCCAGGUUCCGGAAACGUGAGGCACAGUUCCAGCAGAAAAAGGAAGAGGAGCCAGAGCUCAGUGAUGACUUUGAUGCUGAGCGUUAUAAACAGUUUUGGACCAAAACCAAGAAAUGACUGCAACUGGGAGCCACCCUGGAGAUGAUGUAGAGAAGAGAGGUGUCUUUAAAUUAUACGUUCUCUAAGCUGUU